ACCUGCGUUUCUGUUAUGCUGGGUUCGGGGGCGGGUGUUACAAUUGGAGACCAGUGUGUGACUUAAGUCACAGCAGAGCCGCAGGUGCCAGGGGACCUGAACUUUGUCCUGGGAUGCAGCUGAAAUCACAGAUGGAGGAGGGUUCCUCUCUGCCCUCAGUCACUUCCAGGAGAAGUCUCCAUGUUAGCUGUUGCUUCCUUAGGGCGUCGCCCCAGCCCCGCCAGGCUCCUCAUCCUUUGGGUUCUGGUGAGCAGCAGCCUCCAGCCAGGAGGCCACGGCUGCUAACCUUGCAUGCAUGUUCACAUUUGCUUAUUUGGUGGUACUGGGGUUUGAACUCAGCACCUCAUGCAUUCGAGCCAUGCCUGCAGCCCUUUUUCUUUUUCUUUCUUUGCUUUUUACAUUAUUUUUCAGAUGGGGUCUUGCAGUUUUUUCCCAGGCCAUCUUCACAUGGUGAUUCUUCUACGUGUGCCUCCUGCAUAGCUUGGGUCACAGGUGUGUACCACCAUGCCUGGUUUGCUGGUUGAGAUGGGGUCUUUUUUUCUUUUGCCUGGGUUGGCCUUGAAUGGUCAUCUUCUGGAUCUCUGACAUGUACCACCACGUCCAGCAAUUGCCAUGGACUUUAAAAAUGAGGGCCUGGUCUUUAGCCAUGGAUUAUAAUUUCCUUUGAAAACAUGCUUCAAACAUACUCCAUUAACAAAAAUGAGUGAGAAUGAAGGGGGUCCUGGAUGUAGCCUGGGUCAGGAAGGUUGUCCUCAGCAGGUGGGCUCGGGGCCUUCUCUUAGCAUUCUACCCUUUCUUGGGACCCUGGGAGCCCCGACUAGGGGUGGAACUGCUCCUCGAGCCAAGAAGGGGGCAGGGCAGGGAGCUGGUGACACCAGGGCAUCCCCAGUCCCCUCUGUCCCAGUAUCUUUUGUGUCUCCCUCGUUGCCUCUCCUUCGGACUCAUCGGUCAUCCCUCUUCUCUCUCCUUCUUUGUCACCCGUAAAUCUCUCUCUUCGAGGUCUCUAAUCUGUCUCCCCUGUUUCUCUCCUGACUGCAUCUCUGCUUCUGCCACAUGUCUUCCUCCCCAUCUCCAUCUGUCACCCAUGUGUGUCUUCCCAUCCCCGUAUCUCUGCCCCCAUCCCAUGUCUCUACCCACCUUGUCUCUGUCUCUCCUGCUUUGUCUCCCUCUCCCUGUCUUGUUUCCCCAUCUCUGUCUCCCCUGGCUGGCUCUCUGUCUCUGUCAGUGUCUGCCUUCUUCCGCCCCAGCCUCCUCACUUCCCCCUCCGCCCCCGCCGGUGCACACACUCACCAGUCCUUCCUCUGUCCUGCUUCCUCUGGCUGCCAGUGACAUCCUGCCUCACCCCGCCCCGCCCCGCCUCUCACCCACAGAGUCUGGGCCUGGACCAGGCACCUGCCGGCCUGGCAGAGGGUGGAACAGCCGUUUCCCAGGCCGGUGCCGGUGCUGGCAGCCAGGGGGCAGGAGCUGCCCCAAGGGCUGGAGCCCCGAGAUGAGCGCGCCCGGGGGAGAUGUGAGCCAGGCGGGCCUGCGGCUGACCCGUGCGCGGCCGUCGCGUGUCUGAAGCUCCCCGCGGCCGGCAUGCGGCUGUCGGUGCGCAGGGCGCUGCUGGCCGCCGGCUGCGCACUGACCCUGGUGCUGGUGGCGCAGCUGGCGCGGCAGGCGCUGGAGUGCAGGGCGGCGCAGCGCGGCCCGCGCCCGGCCAUGCGGCCCGAGCAGGAGGAGCUGGCCGUGCUGGGCGCCGACCGCGUGGAGUACCGCUACGGCAAGGCCAUGCCGCUGGUGUUCGUGGGCGGCGUGCCCCGCAGCGGCACCACGCUCAUGCGCGCCAUGCUGGACGCGCACCCCGAGGUGCGCUGCGGCGAGGAGACGCGCAUCAUCCCGCGCGUGCUGGCCAUGCGCCAGGCCUGGUCCAAGUCCGGGCGCGAGAAGCUGCGGCUGGACGAGGCGGGCGUGACGGACGAGGUGCUGGACGCCGCCAUGCAGGCCUUCAUCCUGGAGGUGAUCGCCAAGCACGGGGAGCCGGCGCGCGUGCUGUGCAACAAGGACCCCUUCACGCUCAAGUCCUCCGCGUACCUGGCGCGCCUCUUCCCCAACUCCAAGUUCCUGCUGAUGGUGCGGGACGGCCGCGCCUCUGUGCACUCCAUGAUCACGCGCAAGGUCACCAUCGCCGGCUUCGACCUGAGCAGCUACCGCGACUGCCUCACCAAAUGGAACCGCGCCAUCGAGGUGAUGUACGCGCAGUGCCUGGAGGUGGGCGCGCACAAGUGCCUGCCCGUGUACUACGAGCAGCUGGUGCUGCACCCGCGCCGCACCCUGCAACGCGUGCUGCGGUUCCUGGGCAUCGCCUGGAGCGACGCUGUGCUGCACCACGAGGACCUCAUCGGGAAGCCGGGCGGCGUCUCCCUGUCCAAGAUUGAGCGGUCCACCGACCAGGUCAUCAAGCCAGUGAACCUGGAAGCCCUCUCCAGGUGGACCGGCCACAUCCCUGGGGACGUGGUGAGGGACAUGGCUCAGAUUGCUCCCAUGCUGGCACGGCUCGGCUAUGACCCCUAUGCAAACCCACCCAACUAUGGCGACCCCGACCCCAUUGUCGUCAACAACACACACCGGGUGAGUGAGCGCACUGCGCACAGGGCCGGGCGGGAGUGGAAGCCCAGCUCCCCGGACGGACUUCAUUCUUGGGUUCUUGGUGUCUGGUGUGUUUCCCCCUGCAGAUGUGCUAAAUAUAGGGCUGCUCGUGUUUUCCUUUGUGCCUGGGCUGCAAGGAAGCUCACAGCUGCCUCUCCCUCCAUAGCAUCUAACAGUGUCCACGUGUACCCCACCUGCUCAUCUUUUUCUGCUCUUCCCUCCCCUUCCUCCGAGCGCUUGUCCACCUGUACAACCCCUGGGUUGGAGCCCCAGAGCCACUGGAAAAAAAAAAGAAAGAAAACCAAAAGCACAGCUCCUUUGUCCUGUGCUCGCGGGCUGUCGCUUGUCUGUGUGUCUGUGAUCAGCACCACCAGUCUCUUAUUUACGAGGUUAGAGCUGCUGAGCUGGCCUCUCAAGUGUCCCUCCCCGAGGCCGAGAGGUAAGGACUUGCGGUCCUGUCCACACGCUGCCACACUGCCGGCAUCACCUCUGCUUCUUUGGGUGCUGAGGUCAUUCUGACCCACUGAGGGCACAGGGGUUACAAUCGGAUGGUGGCCGUGAUAGGAGAUGCAGCUGGCGGUCACUGUCCCUCACCGUAGCUGCUGCUGGGUCCAGGAGCAGGGCACUUCUCACUGGUUUGAGGGUCCCCACGUGGCCUGUCCUCCAGGAGCGUGUAAGCACGCCGUGACACACGCCGCCCCCCACACGCCGAGGUGUCCAGCAAGGCACAACCUGCAGUGUGGCUGGGCCUAUGAAGCCCAUGAGGCGCAGAAACCUGCAGUCAUCGUUUUGGUUUGGCCCAGCUGUUCUCAGUCCCAGCUGCUUUUAGAAACUCUAGUCUGGCCUGGUCAGUGCAAAGCUCUGAGUUCAAAUCCCAUGCUCCCCCCCAAAAAAACCCAAAGUCAGCAUUACUUGUGGAGGAUCACUAAAGGGGAAGUCAUUCUUCCCCCGCUCUGCCUUACGUUUUCACUGGCCCUUGAGGAGAGAGGCUCCCUGCAGCCCAGGGUGGCCUCGAACUCACCCCCUCCUGCCUCAGGCUCCUGAGUGCUGGGAUUACAGGCGUGCACCACCAUGCUUGGCUUUUAAAGUGUUUUUCUUGAGACACAGUCUCGCUGUGUUGCACAGGCUGGCCUCAAACUCCUGAGCUCAAGCAGUCCUCACACCUAGCUUCCCAAGUAGCUCGGACUGCAGGCAUGUGCCACCAUACCAGCCAGCGCUAACAGGUGUUUGGUGCCUCUUCAACACUCACUAGUCUCUUUUAACAGUUCAUUAACGCUGCCCUCAUAAUUGCAGUGUUUGCCCCUCUCAGGGCUCACAAGUUCCUCUCCCCCAGAUGUCUGUUUACAAACAGAUUUUGCAAAGUCUGUUUACUGAGACACUCAGGGUGGCAGACACAUCGGCCUGCAUUCAACCCAGUGUGGUUUACCUUUAUUUUUACUAUAAAUAUUUAUUACUCAUAAUUUUUAUUUUACUUAUCAAUGUUAUUCUUUUAACUCUACUGACGUGUUUUGUGUACUUUGCACGCAAACGUGUGUUCACUUAACCAUAAAAAAUAGUCAGAACAUCUCACGAUCCUCUCCUGUGUCCAUUUCAAACAAACGAAACACGCAAGUAAAAAGAAAAUCAUGUACCAUUUUCUCCAAAUAACAACAACAACAGACUGAGUUAAAAACAGUGUAACGAUGACGCUGAAACCCAGCCCCAGUGCCUCUGAGAAGUGGUGGCCGUGGCGGGGGAGGCCGAGGCCAGGACUGGCCCUGUCAGGGUCUCUCAGGAAGGGCGGCCCUGGCUCGCCCCAGACCAUGGGUUAGAAGCUCCUAGAAGAACUUUAAAGUGUGCUGAUUUAAGGUCGAGUCUUUGCAGCUUUUCUGUUUGUUUAAAAUUGAAGAUUUUCCCAGCAAUCUCCUUGGGUCCCCCAGUCUUGUGAGUACUGGACCCAGUGUGAAUCGUCCUCGUGGUUCCGAGGUUACUGCCGAGUUCAGUCCCCUCGUGAAAAGCCGUGUGUGAGGGUCUGAAUGUCUGCGCCCUGCAGAUGAGGGUGUCCACGAUGGGUCCUGGCUGCCACAGGUUCAGUGCCGAGGCGCUGGACUGAAGAGAUGGCAUGGGGCUGGGGCCUUCCUCACCAAGAUGGUGCAGACGCACAGGAUAUUCGAGUUCCAGCCCCAGGGUCUUUGUCCUCACGCUGUCCUCUGCCUGGCUGCUUUCCCUGUCAUUCAGGGCUCAGUUCAAGGGCCACCUGUUCCAAGAUGCCCCUCUGACCACCACUGACAGAGACCCCCCCCACCCCCAUCACUCCUAACCACCCUUGAUUCUCAUUCUUCAUGGAGCUUCCGUGGCUUUAGAGUCCUUGUCCGUCUGUCUGUCUGUGUUCCUUGUUCCCCUCUGCCACGGAAGCUCCUGGAGAAGAAGUAUUUCAAUGUCACUGUCGUCCCCAGGACUUGGAAUAUAGGAGCUCAAU